AGUACAAACGUUUAAAAAUGGCGACGUGUAAAUGCAAGAUGGCAAGAGCUUGAAAACUACCUCGCAAUAAACCCAUCAGGGCCGUUCAGAAUGCAACGAAAUGUUUCGGAAGAGCUGAAUAAAGAGUUUGGGAACGAUGUCAAGAACCUUAGCAAGGCAAAAGCAUACCACGCGGCAUUGCUUGCGAAGAAACAAGAGGUAGAGCAGAAGCUUCAGUUGUCGAGAGAUGGAGAUCCUGCUCACCUCAAGGGACUUCUCGGGUUUGCCCGGGAGUCGUUGGAAAAAAUGCAACUCCUCGAAGGCGUCCACGGAAAGAUCUUGAAUGAUGUGUCGGCUCACCUCGACAACGCUACCUCGGUUAAGAAGGAGUUCGAAAGCUCCCUGGCCGACGUGCAGAAACUACUUAGGUUAAAGCAAUAUUUACAAUGGAUAGCGAAAAUAGAGGAGACCAGCGAAUUCAUAGAAGAAGCCAUGACUCAGGAACAAGAUGAGCAGGCUGUGGUUCAUCUCAGUUUCCUGUUGCAAGUCUGGGAAAAACUCAAAGUAUCUUCAUGCUCUCAUCUUGUCACAUUCCUUCGAGAUAGUAUACUCUACUGGCAUCAUGUACUCAGGGAUAAGUUUGAAAAGGAGUUUGAAAAGGCACUGGAGGCCAUGGGUUGGCCCAUCCUCAAUUCUGCUAUGACUGUUCCUGCCUGUACAGCGCAGGUUCUUGCACUUUUUGAGAAAACAUUUAUCAACUUGCACAGAAUCCAACUCUCGGCCGGCCUUGCGGGAGCCAAAUCUGAUGUCGGUGCCACAAGCCACAUCCUUCCCAUAGAACUUAUGCUGCGGCCACUCAAGAAAAGGUUCCUCUUUCACUUCACUGGCAAACGACAAACAAACAGGCUCGAUAAGCCCGAAUGGUACCUCAGUCAAGUGUUGACGUGGAUCUCCGACAAUGGAGAAUUUUGCGACCGCUUCGUCCAAAAGGUUGUCUUGAGAGCUGGCAUCGACGGGAUUCAGGCAAGGCUUGAGCUGAUGCGUGGGUUGGUACAGAUCUCGACGCACAAGUUCCAGAUGGACAUGCCCAGCAUGCUAAACGAUGACCACCUUCUUACCCAUGCCAUUGAGGAAGUUCUGCUCUUUGACCGGGAGUUACGCAAUAUGGGCUACCCCCCUUUCUUUCCGUGCAUCCUCAACGUCCUCACGGCGGACAGCUGCUUCAUCCGCUGGAUUGCGCUGGAGAAAAAAUAUGCGGAUGAAAAACGUGACCAACUCCUGAGCAUGCCAACAGCAUGGAAGGCCCAGUAUCAGGCUGAUGAGGAAGAAGCCGAUCUCAAGGUUCCAGAAUGCGCUGAGGCAUUUAUGAUGGUGCUGUCUGCCAUGACAGACCGAUACAGGCAUCUGGAAUACGCGGAGCAUCGACUCAAGUUCGUGAGCCUUCAGCAGAUCCUCCUGGAAGAUCUCAGGCUCUGUCUACAGCAGAUACUGACGGCACGCCUCGAAGAAUUGGACCUCGUUGCCCUGUGUCCCGUCAUCAACGCUGCACACUACGUUGUCCUUGUUCUGAGGCAGUGGAGUUACCAGCCUUUCUUUGUCGAGCUUCUCGAAGCGUGCAACGAGAUGCAAGCUAAGGAACGGAUGCGACACCAAGCUGUCAGUAAUCAAAGUAAACAGAUUGACGAGGACCUCGAUCCGGAAGAAGCGCUCUUCCUGGCUGGUGCCGAGUCGCCGCAGGACAAUGUGACCCCACCAGAGUAUGCGCAGCUGCAGGAGUCGGUCUUUGAAGAGGCGUCGCAGCUUCUUGAGAAGCUCUACACGGAUGCUGUUCUCAGCAUUGUUGAUGAACUAGAGCUGGACUUCAAAGCCAAGAGCAAGGCAUACCGAAGAGAAAAGUGGUUCUGCAUGCCUGCAGUGACUGACAAAGAAGAUGUGGGCCUGACUCCAACUGCAUUUCCUAUGCUGAGUCGCCUCCAAGGUCACCUGCAGCAGCUACAGGAGGCACUCGCAGAACCUCUUUUCACCAUUCUGUGGCAGGAAUCAGCCCGCAAAAUCAGCUUAUUCCUCUACGAGGAGCUAAUUCUGGAGAACUUCUUCAGUGAAGGAGGAACGUUCCAGCUGAGCUUCGACAUGAAUCGAAACCUGUUUCCCAUAUUCAGCCCCUACACGCAGAAACCGGAAAACCACUUCAAAGAGGUGAAAGAGGCGUGCAUCCUACUCACGAUGCCGCACCCGGUAGCAUGGAUCCUGCAAGAAACCUUGCGGGCGGCGCGUGCCACAGACGCUGUGACUGGAGGGACAGCGCUCGAAGAACAGGGUGUCUUCUUCCUGACACCGUCUCAAGCCAUGCAUGUGCUUUCCAAGAGAAACGACCUGGUUCACACCUGAACACACGCAAGGCCAAUGCUUCUGCACAGUUUUGCAUGUACAGUGCGCACAUGCUGCAUGCCGAGCUUCAUGUCCGGCUUUGGACAUGCAUGACGCAGACAUCUGGGUCAUGGUCGUGUGUGGGACACAGUUGAGGCUGAUGGAGAGGCAAUGGCGUCGAAAGCAAAUAAGCCCUCUAACGAGAAUGUUAUGAACUUGUUGAAGAUGUGUUACGAGGAUCUACAAGUGCUAAAAGUUUCGUCAUCAAGUAGAUAUAACUGGUUAAUUUUUGAGACCAUGUUCUAAGUCUUAUGAAUGAUCUCAAGUUGUAAGUGUGCAUGGAAGCGUUAUAGACCUGAAGCGUAUUUGUGUAACAACAUACACCGAUAUAUAUACAGUCAAACCUGGAGUUACAAACAGUGUUUGCUGUCACGAAAAUUGAAUUAAUUCUCAAUUGUUAAGCUCAGUGGUGAUGAAUAUGUAGAAAAUAGAAAUGAGUCAGGGCACAAAAUAGUAUAGAUACAUACUCUAAACACGGAAAAUAUUUAAUGUAUAGCAGUAUCAUAGUAGCGGGUGGUUCUGAAUUCAAAAUAAUUAACAGCCAGAGCCUGACAAACAGCUGGUAAUGAUACAAAUUGGUUACUGGCCGGUUACUGUGGUUACUGGUUGAUGUGAGAUCAAGGUGGACAACUACGCAGGAAAUUAUCUUUGUUAAGGGUAAUUCUCACUUUUGGCGCUGACACCAAACACCCCAGUGUUGAAUGUAGAGUCACUGGCAAGUUUGGAUCUUGUACUUGGAAUCAUUGUCGUAAUUUAAAAGGAACUCGCACCUUCCAACAGAUGGGCUAUACAGACAUGCCAAAAGUUGGAACAGAGCAUUAAGAGACGUCACUACGUGUUUUAUCAAAACUGGAGAGACGGCCGUAUAUAGGGCCUGACUUUUUCGGGUUUUAUUUUUGGCCAAAUUCGGGGGGUAAAUAUCGGGUGAUAUUUUCCACUUGAAAAUUCGGGUGUAUUCGGGUUAAAUCCCGUUACGGCAUAUUCUGUCGUCAGGAAUUCGGGUGCAUUCGGGUGAUUUUUUUUUGUUUAAUAAAAAAUUGUCUUAACAUGGAACUAAUGUUUAGCAAUGUUAUCAAUCUUUAUUUUAAUGCACGCUUAUGAGUGUGCCACGUGACCCGGAUGUUUUCGGGUAGAUUCGGGUUAAACCCGAAUUUUACAGAUUUCGUUCGGGGGGUAAAUAUCGGGCGGAUACGGGUUUAACCCUAAAAAGUCAGGCCCUACUAUAUAUUGUUUUAGUGUGAGAAACUGCACCCGAUUGGUGAUGGUCCAGGUACAGAUUUGCAGAGGCUAAACUGGCAGUGACGAGGAACAACAAGAUGGGUUCAGCACUUUCCUCACUUUAUUUUUCUCCUAGCCACUGUCACAAGUGCUGCGAACACUUACCUACAUAUUGUCCCAGAGCCCCGUAAUGCAGGUCGAAGUAUGUCUGUUGACACAAUAUGGAGUUACUGUUGCAGUUUUAAUUAGGUUUAUUUAUAGUAGCAAUUUCCUUCGUAGCAUUAGGAAGCGUCUUUUACAGUUGUUGCUAGGGUAGAAACUGUGAGUUGAUCCAACAGAAGAAUGCCGUAUUUUUCUCUCAACACACGAGAGUCGGAGGUGUGGUGUCAAUAGCGUAGAUGUCUAGAGAUUGUCUUUGUUAAGAUAACUUGUAGCAGAGAAAAUUUGCAUAUCGAUUCAACCAUAUCAUAUGUGUGUUGAAAUCCUGGAAACGACUAGUCAAAAAGGGUCUUGCAAGAUGCAAAAAGUCUUUCACGGAGCGGCAGACAUGGUGGACACACGCAUUUAUUACGCCGCGUUGACACAUUGCACGUGGAGUGGCUCGCUUUUUCUCGUAAAACCCAAUUACAUUCUUUAUCUACGUACCCCAUUAUAUUCCACGUCUAUUGGCUUGAUUUCCUCUGGUCGUCCUCGACUAAAACUUUGAUCAGUUCUGUAACCCGUAAAAUACAUUAAUAAAUAAUUUUUUUUUUUCUGUAAUAUGCACUGUAGGUGAUGUCCAGUGUGACGCUGACCAAAUAUGACUUGAACCUGGUAACAUGCAUAUGCAGAUCCAUCUUGGAUGAAAGCCACAAAAAACACUGGGCAAAGAGAAAGAGAGGGAGAGAGAAAGAUGACCCAUCAUGUAUUCACAUGUAACUUUGCAACUGAUCUAUUCACAACCGAGAGACUUGCUGUCAAAAUGUACAAUCAAGGGGGCUAAGUAGUAUUGUGAGUAGCUGCUUUCAUCGAAGACAGACUCUUACCAAUUAGUCGGUCUGCAUGCUCAAAUUACGGAUUAAAAAGUAGCAUCCGAUCUUUUGCACCCAAAUCCUCGAACGCAACUUAACCCGAGAAGGUCAGGCCGUAAGCUCAUCUGUUUAACAUCCCACGUUUCUUCGGGUUACUUAUUUCAACAGUUAUUUUAUUCCUUCAUCUUUUCAAGAUAAGCAAAUGCGAACGUGCUUAUAUAGGAGUCCUAAUUUUACCUAACAAAUUGAAACAAAAAAGCCUGAGACACAGUCGACCGCUCCGUGAGACUCUCAUUCCGAAAGACUUUCUUUUCAACGAGGGACUGGACCCAGUAGCUUGUGCAUGCUUUAGCCAAUGCAUGCCCAUUCUUGGCUGCCAUGUUGAAUGUUUUCCCAUAUCUUUCACAAAAACUAGACAUGCCUUGAGAAAAUGGUGUAAAAAAAAACAAAAAAACUGAAGGUUGUACUCUAACUCGGACCAUGCACAGACAGAUGUUUGUUGGUGUUAGAAUCGAAAGAUUUUGAGACGAAGAUUUUAGAAAUGUUGGCCGCUACUGUUGGUGGUUAAAUUAUUUUACACGAGGUUGGCAGAUACUCUCCCCCCUACAGCAACAUUUUACACACAAUUGCUCCGCAGCUCCGCGGCAUUCCCGUAAGGUCGUGAAAUAUGUCGAAUAAGAGUUGACAUAGCUCUAUAUUGUCAUAUCAGGGGGUCCUGAAUUUUUGGUAGCCUUUGUAUCAGGCCCUUCCCUCUAAUUCUAAGCAUGACUAAGAGAACUUUUAAUGACUAGUGUGGAAGUUCAUUUCUACGUCUGCUGGCAGUACUAGCAUCAGAUUAUGACCAGGGCCACCAAAAAUGCAGAACCCUUCAAGUCCGCCAAAUGCCUCAUUUUGUCCCUGCUUCAUGGAAGCAUCAAUGUCGCAACAUUCCAGAAAGCACACAGUAUGUCAAAUGUACAAAGUAUGAAAUGCAUUUUUCCCUUGGCCUGAGAGAAGAAAUCUUGCACACAAAAACAUGGACACUGUCUAGAGUCUGGUGCUAUGAACUUACUCAUGGGAUUCAUAUCACUUGCUCCGUAAUUGUUGACUUUUCCUCCUACUGCUGUACGGUGUUUACCGCCACUCUGUCUGCAUCAAAACAGUGUGCAAUAAAAGGACCGACUGCA